AUGUCUUCUUCACUAACCUUCUGCAAACUCAUCGGAACACCAUUUUCCACAUUCACCCGCACCAUCGCUCUAGGCUUACACUACAAAGGCAUACCCUUCGAACAGCUCCGAACGCCUCCCCAAAGCGACCUCGCUUUCCAACACCAUCCAUUCGGAUAUCUACCCUCGCUCGUGAUCGAAUCCAAGUCCAAGGAUGGAAAGUGGUUUACCUUAUCGGAGAGCCAGGCUAUCGCGCGGUACAUCGAGCGAGUCGCGCCCGAGCCUCCGCUUGAACUUUCCGACGCCGAGGCAGGGGAGUUGGGCGUGCUCGAGGAGAAAGUCUUUGAGAUGGCGAUCAUGAUUGGAACUUGGUUACGCGCAGGGUUCCCGGCGCUCGAGGGUGGCGUAAUCAAACCCUACGUGAAAGCUAUAGACGAGGACAAGGACCCUGCUUCAGUCACUCCCAGCAAGGACGAUCAAGGAGUCGUCAACGCCAAACAAUUCCUUGACAAGAUCGAAUCACGGAUGGUUCCAGACGCCAAAUUCGCGUUUGGCAGCCACCCAACCUGGGCUGACUUCUUCCUCUUCCCCCUCCUGGACGAUCUACGAGCCAUCCCGGCGUGGGAAAUGAUUGCAUCGGAGAAAAUGCGAGAGUGGAUUACGAACAUGGACAAGCUGGAGGCUGUGUUCAAGACGAAGCCUGGAACACUCUCAGCGGGAGCGAGUCCGUGAAACGCAGAGGUGCGAAAGUAGGAUAAUAACAUGUACAUUUUUAAGAGUUACUGCCACCCUGGAGUCCAUCUACGUGCGCAUAUGGUACACUUCGCUUCAUUCCUCA